GCAGAAGCUCUCUCCUUGUUCUUAAUUCUGCAGCCCGGAGGACUCCAAAGCCGUCUUGCUGAACGUCUGCAGCUGCCCCGCCAUCGGCCCGCCGGCGUUGGCGUCCUCGGCUGAGAAGAUGCCCCACUUGAACGGGAUGGUUUCUGUGCCGCUGGACGACCUGCAGAAACAGGUGACCCUCUACCUGGCCUGCUCCAAGUGCAGCCAGCAGGAAAACGAGAGCACCUACUCGCUGAAGGGGGUGGAGCACCAGUGCAUGAUGGAGAUCUUGCUCGCCAGGUGCAAGGGGAAGAAAGGGAGUCUGUGGCACAAGGUGGACCGGCGACCGAGCUUCCCAAAUCCGACCUUUUAUGACAUCUGCCGGUAUUACGUUGCUGGCUUAGGUUGCCUCAAACACCACAACCAGUGCACCUUCGCGUGGAGUCAAGAGGAGGUGAUCGUGUGGACCUUUGAGAGGAAGCACAACCUCAACAGACAUCUUUUGAAGUGGCUGUUGCAACAGAUCCAGUUAGGCAACAGGGCCAACCCCCAGCCCAAACCUCCUGAUCUUAGCAUCUCGGAGGAAAUCUGCAGUGAGUUUGGGGGCUAUUUCCAGGAGAUCUGCAAAGCCUGCUUUUAUUGCAGCCCCCAACGGAUUUCCCCCAAGGGCUCUGCUCAGAGCUGCAAGAUGCACUGGGGAUUGCUUCUGGUCCACGUGAUCGUCGACGGCAAGAAAAAAGAGCAAUAUACGGAGAUUCGCCCCUGCCCGGCAGGCCUCAGGACGUUCUCUUACUGCACCUUCGUCUCUGCUGCCCAACCCUGCAGGCACACCUCUCCGCCUUGCAUCUUUGCCCACAGCGACGUGGAGCUGGCAGUCUGGAAAGCAGAGCAGAGAUGCGGCCUGUUGCGCUCUGACCUUCUGCGCCGGGCGGUGGAGCAAAAGCCGAGCCCGCCGGACUCCCCGUCCAAAUUCUCCUUCUACUGCCGAGUGUGUCUGGUGACCUGUGAUUCUCAGGAGAGUUUUGAGAACCACUGCUCAUCGGUGGAGCACACGCAGCUGAUCGCCACCGACACGAUGAUCGAGUGGAGUCACCGCGCCCCUCCGUACGAUCCAAAGACCUUUGCCCUUUGCAGCCGACCAGAGAUUUGCGAAUACGGGCAGGACUGUGCAAUGGCGCAUUCGGUCAAGGAAUUAGAAGAGUGGAUCCAGAGGGCGAAAAUUGCCGAGAAAAAAAAGAAGACGGCCAAGCAGGAUGGCCUGCUAGCUUACCAGGACCGGCUUAUCGCUGAGUACCAAACAAGCCACAACGAAGUCUUAAUUAUUUCUGAGGCCCUGGAUGGCGUGAGCGUGACGUGCCAGCAGCCGCUACGGGUGCAGUUAGAGAACAAGAAGAUGCAGUAUGAGUGGGUCUUCACUGUCCAUUCCCAGAAGCCGCUGAUCCACGUGGCCCUAUUAAAGAGAAUCCCAGGAGCAAAAUUCUUCCUAGCUGCGCAAGGGCACUCGUGGUUUCCCACCUACGCUUCCGGAGAGAGCUUCAAAACUGUGCGGUCGUCUCCACCAGCCACUGAGGUGAAAGUGUGCUUGAUGAGUCCCACCUUCGGGGUCUAUGAGCAGUGGGUGGUAUUUGACUUCGGCAGCCGUCCGGUCUUGCUCCGAAGGCUCCAGGCCCGGGUGGGUCAGAAGGAAGCCCCCUGGCGGGUGGAUCCAGCCACGGAGUCCGUGAGCUGCUUUGUGAACCUGGAGCGCUGGCAUACCGGGAACCGCGUGGUGGUGCCCAGCGUGGAGCGCACUGCCAAGGAGGUGGAUCUGCUGGCUAAAUACAAGGCCCCUUCGCUCUCGAUGGACUUCCAGCGAGGGGCUCAGGGCAAGCCCAUCACCCGCAUGAACUACCGUGAGCAGAUGCACAACUUCCUCUCCCGAGAAGAAGAAGCUCAGCGGCUUUUGAUCUCCAAGCUCAACUUGCAAGCAGUUGUCUCCUUUGGACAGAACGUGGAACUCUUUACAUCGGAGAUCAAGUAUGCUCCCUUGGGACAGCUUUAUGCCCACAUCCUGACCCCUUACACAUUAACCGUAGACUCAGAUGAAGGGUACCUGCUUCAACGGUCAGUCCAAACAGCUUUCCUGGCCUUGGACCCACCUGCCAACAACCGAGUUUAUGAGGUGUCUGUCGAGAAAGAAGCCAUCACUGAAAGCAGUAUUUCCCUUCUCCUGCCCCAGCGUUGCUGCGUUGAACUGGGCCUCCAAGGAGGCAUGUCUGCCAAGGUGGAAGUCCAGUUCCAAAUCAACCAGCUCCAGUUUUGUCAAUGGCACCAGACAGUGGACAAGUUAUGGGAUGUGAAGCUGGUCUUUCCAGAUGUGUCCACCUGCUCCAUCCCACGGCCUUGUGGAUCUUUGCUGGUGUCAUGGGGCAAUGCAAAGCAGAAGCAAGCUCUUUCCUUCAUCACUGGCCAGGUGACUGAUUUCCGUAGAGUACCUCCACUUUUGAUCUAUGGACCAUUUGGGACAGGGAAGACCUUCACGUUGGCCAAGGCUACGCUGGAGAUCAUCAAGAAGCCCCAAACUCGUGUGCUUAUCUGCACCCACACCAAUAGCGCGGCUGAUAUCUAUGUUCGCGAAUAUUUCCACAACUAUGUCACCUUGGGGCACCCUGAGGCCACUCCGUUAAUGGUGAAAUACACUGGCCGUUCAAUCAGAACAGCUGACCCUGUUACGCUACGCUACUGCUGUCUCUCUUCAAGUGGAAAUGCGUUUUGCCUGCCUACUAAAGAACAGUUGGAUCGUCACCGCAUUGUCCUCACCACCUGCAUGGUGUCACAGGAUCUUGGGGUGAUCCCCGGUUAUUUUAGCCACAUCUUAAUUGAUGAAGCUGCACAGAUGUUGGAAUGUGAAGCUCUUGUUCCUCUCUCUCUUGCUACCCUGGAAACCUCAAUCAUCCUGGCGGGGGACCACAUGCAGAAGACCAAUAGACUCUUCUCCCUGCACAAGGAUGAGCAGUCAGCUGACUACACACUGCUUAAUCGCCUCUUCCAGUGUUACAAGAAGGAGCAGCAUGACGUAGCCACCAAGAGCAGGAUUAUCUUCAAUGAGAACUAUCGCUCUACUGCAGGAAUCAUUGAAUUUGUCUCGAGGCACUUUUAUGUUGGCCGAGAGGAUGCCAUCAGUGCCAAGGGCAACAUACCUCCUCAUCCAGAGUUCUAUCCACUCAUGUUUUGUCACGUGGCUGGUAGUGCGGAGAGAGACAGAUCCAUGAGCUGGUACAACAUCUCAGAGAUUGAGCAGAUCAUUGAGAAGGUGCAGGAAAUGGAGCAGAAGUGGCCGGAUGAAUGGGGGAAGAGGGAACUCAAGUCCAUCUGUGUGGUCUCUUAUGGCAUACAGGUGAAACUCAUCCGUGAGAAGAUGAGAAGGAGGGGCCUGUCACAGGUGACCGUGGAGAGCUAUGACAACUUGUCAGGGCGAGAAUUUCGUGUCAUCAUCAUCAAUACUAUCCACACCCGAAACAGCCUCACCCAUCUCAGCUCCUCUAACCUGGAGUAUUUCAACAAUGCACGGGUGCUUAACACCAUCAUAACAAGGGCUCAGUCCCAGGUCAUUGCAAUUGGAGACGCAGUAGCUUUGUGUUCUUAUGGGCAGUGUAGUAAGAUCUGGAAAAGUUUCAUCAAGAAGUGCAUUGACAAGAGGUCCAUCACUCCUGAAACUCUGACCUUGGAGGAGAUAAGGCAGGUGGUGUCUGAUCUGGCCAGCUGGAACAGAGGGAACCCUGAAUCUGAGGAAGAGGGUAGUGAUACAGACUCCUGGUUCUCCGACACAGAGAGUUUGAAUGUCAGUGAUCCCAUAUUGCAGGAACUCUUGGAUGAGAGCAAAGACAUGAUGGUGACUGUCACCGAAGAAGGUCUGCUGAAGGUGAAAUCUGACGCUUUGGUCCCUAAAAGCAGUAGGCAAGAGUAUGUCAACUAUUCCCUGCAAACCAUGAAGCAAUAUCUGCAGAUGCAGCCCGGCAGAUACAAACGCUGUGAAUUCAUCAAAGAAGGGUUCGAUCGAGCUUCUGCCUUCGUUCUGGAUGAGGUUCCUUCUAUGGUCAUCCAGAUCAAAGGUCGAAUUAACUGUGGCAUGGCCUUUACUGGAGACCAGGUCUUGGUGGAGAUCCUGACGCCCAAUCCAGGAAAAGCUGCCCUUGAGGGCGGCCCCCUUGGGAGAGUGGUUGGUGUCUUAAAGAAGGUGGACCAGAAUCGCACCUUUUUCUGCACAGUGGAUGAGUAUGACCUCCGGGUCAUGAUCCCCAUUGACCACACUGUCACAAAAAUCUUUGUCCCUGAGUUGAAAGAUGACCCUAAUGUUGUUCCUAUCCGCACGGUUGACCAGGCAGGAAAGGUCAAGUUGAAGCGCAAGAAGAAAGUAACCCAAGAAGGCCGGAAGAGGUGCCUUUUUGCAGUGCAGGUAAUCAAGUGGCGAGAAGGUUAUUACUACCCUCUGGGAAUUGUUACGGAGGUCCUUCCCUUGGUUUCAUCACUAGAAGAUGGGCUUCAUGUUCUGGAUAAGGAGCAUUGUUUGUCAAAUGAAUAUCCUGCCUCAGUGACCAGCGAGGUGGUCCAAUUAAUCUCGGGACACCUCUCUCUUAUGAAAGGGAAGCGGAAAGACUGUCGGGCUGACUUGACUUUCACUGUUGACCCCUUGGGUGCUAAAGAUCUGGACGAUGCCAUCAGUGUCAGAGAUAUGGGUAACAAAUACGAAAUUGGGAUCCACAUUGCUGACUUGGCAUCUGUGAUCCCCAAAGAUUGUGCCAUAGAUAUGGAAGGCAAGAACCGAGGGGCAACUUAUUAUGCUACUCUGAAGGAGCCUGUAGGCAUGUACCCACCACAGCUCAGUCAAGAUCUCUGCAGUCUCCUUCCACAGAAGGAUCGUUUAGCGAUCUCUCUCUUUGUCUCAGUGGAUAAGGCUACAGAUCAGAUGGAAAGUAUUUCCUUUGCCAUGUCCGUAAUCUGCUCUGAUCGGCAAAUGACUUAUGAGGAAACAGAGGGAAUCAUUAAGAACUGCUAUAAAACAGAGGCACCAUUACUUUGUUUUGACACCUUAGAGGACUGUGUUGCGGUGGCGUAUCAUUUCUCCCGUAUCCACCGAAAUUCCAGGCUUCAUGAAGACUGUUAUUAUGACCAGUUGGAUGAAGAAAUUCAUUUAGGUCAGCGAUGUUCUCACCAGAUGAUUGAGGAGUUCAUGAUCCUGUUCAACAGUUCUGUGGGAGAUUUACUCAUGAACAACAUUCCUACCAGAAAUUUAACCCCUCUUCGUUGUCAGAUGGAGCCCAAUCCACACCAAAUAUCCAAGAUGAAGGACAAAUACAGAGAGAUCAUUCCCCUAUCCACCCACCUCUCACAUCAUCUGGGAGCUCCAACCAAUGAAGUCCCCAGGAAGACCAGUCAUCCAUUUGUUCUCUUGCCUUCUUUGUGGGACCAUCUCAAGUCAGCUGUCAGGGACCGCAACUUUCCCAAGAUGCUUGACCUCAUUACAACAGAUGACAUCCACCCCAAGCUUGCACCUGCGAACUUAGAAUUUCGGAAGCUCCUGAACCGCUCUUACUUUCUUCGUUCCAAUUCGUGUGAUCGGUCCAAAGUGGGCCACUAUUCUUUGCAUGUGGACUCGUAUACCUGGGCUACCUCUCCUAUUCGACGCUACAUAGAUAUUGUAGUGCAGCGGCACAUUCUCUCUGUGAUUUUGAAGAAACCUGUGCAGUACUCUCCAGGAGAUAUUGAAUUCCUUUGCCAUGAUUUCAACCGGAAGAAUAGCAAGGCAAAUACCUACAACCGAAAAGUCCGAUCUUUGGAGCUGGCAACUCAGUUGAAAUACCAGGUUCAACAGAAAUUUGCCUUCGUCACAAGCAUUGAAGGGAUGGCCAAGAACUUCAAAAUGUUGUUUCCUCUCAACAAGGAGACCCUUCCAGAUGCUCAGUGCAUCAAUUACAGAGCUCUUCAGUUGGUGGCACAGCCGUUGUUAAUUGAGGAACGGAACAGUAUGAGGCUAACCUGGAGGAGGAGAGUUUACUCCUACAUAACCAAAAAGGGAAGUGACAAAAAAAUAUCAAGCAUUGGAGAGAAAAAUGUCAUUCACUUUCCUGGAGAUGUGUGGCAUGAAAUCCUUGCAGCUAUCAAAAAUAAAGAAUAUGAGAAGUUAAUCCUUCUCCUUGAGAAGGAUCACAUCCUGCAGUCAAAAAGUUUGGGGCAAAUGAAGAGGAGUAAGUGCUUACACUACAUAGAACUGUCGGUGGAGCUUAACGUCGGAGAUGUUCUAGAUCUCCAACUUACCACCGAUGUCCAACGAGGCUUCCUGGUGCCAUUUGUGCAACUGUGGUCAGUAGCUCCUGGCUUUGAUGUAUGUUUAGAGCAUUCUGAAAGACCCAUUGAUUGUUUCUCCAAAUACGCUUCCCAAGGCUCGAAGGACAAUUACAAGAAUGCCUCUGAUUAUCGCAAAGUGUGGCUGCCUCUUUGUGACAUGGAAGCAGCUUUGUGUGCGUUGGCUGAAAAUGACUCGAUUGUCCUGCAAGAGGUCCCGAUUGUUUGGAAGAAGCAACGGACCAAGGAGGGGCAGCUUUGUGGAACUAUCACCUUCACCAAGGAGUUCCUGAAAGAAUGUGCCAUCGAAGUGGAUUUUAGCUAUUGCUACCUCUGUAUCCGCCUUUCGGGUCUACAAGCUGAUGGAAUCCAGAACAAGGAGAAAGCCCUCAGCCAGAGUUUCCAACAGCUUAGCUUGACUAAGGGAACUACUGAGACUGGGACAUUCAUGAUUGAUCCCGAUACCUACACCUGGGUGGCCCAUGGAUGUACAGAGGAGUUUAAGAACAGUCAGAAAUUUGAUCAGCGUGGUGAAGUGAUGGUGAAUUUCUACAUCCAUUUUAGGUCUAUGGAGAACAUCCCCACUGAGGUCAUGCAGGAGACAUCGAGGUUCUGUGUGGAGCUGAUUCCGAAGCAACUACCUGACAUCCGGAAAGAGAAAGCCAUUUGGCAUCUAGAGCAUGCAUCAGAGCUUGCCCAGGGCAUAGCGCUGGGUCAUCCUAUUCCUGAAAGACAAGCAAAACCUUCGAAUGUGUUGAAACGAGGGAAUUUCGAUAUCCCGGGCAGUAGCCGGAAACUCAAUCCAACUCAGGUGUUGGCCAUCAGGGAGGCGUUGAGAAAGCCCUUCACUCUCAUCCAAGGCCCACCAGGCACUGGGAAAACCGUGGUGGGUACUCACCUUGUCUACUGGUUUCACAAGCUCAAUCAGGAGAAGAGUGGAAACGAGGCAACCUUGGAGGAUGACUCCGAAGCCAAGAGCCACAUUCUGUACUGUGGACCUUCUAACAAGUCGGUCGAUGUUGUUGCUGAGAUGCUGAUGAAGAUGACCGCUUCCUUGAGGCCUCUGAGGAUCUAUGGAGAUACGAUCGAGACAGUGGAUUUCCCAUAUCCUGGCAGCAACCUCCAGGUUUCUCGAAAAUCUCAGCGGCACUCAAAAUCCAAGCCAGAGAUCAGGAGCAUCACUCUGCACUACCUGAUCCGACAAUCGUCUAAUCCUUACGCGCAACAGAUCCAUCAGUUUGAUGCACGGGUGCGUCGCGGAGAAAAGAUCACAGACAAGGAAGUUGCCAAGUACAAAAACUUACUACAUAAGGCACGAGUACAUGAAUUGAAGCGCCACGAUGUCAUUCUUUGCACCUGCUCAGCCUCUUACUUCAGCUUCCUUGCGGAGCAUCUGAACGUCAGGCAGGUGCUGAUCGAUGAGUGUGCUAUGUCCACAGAACCCGAGACCCUCAUCCCUUUGGUGGGAUACAAGACAAUGGAGAAGGUUGUCUUGUUAGGAGACCAUAAGCAGCUGAGACCAGUGGUCCACAGCGACUUCUGCCGGCAUCUAGGUAUGGAGAAGUCUCUCUUUGAGCGCUACCAACACAUGGCUUUGAUGCUUGACAUCCAGUAUCGCAUGCACCGGGACAUCUGCAUGUUCCCAUCCGAGGCCUUUUACGAAAAGAGGCUGAAGACCUGUCCCAACCUCGUUCGCGGAAGCAGCGUGCUCUACCACCGCAGCAAAUCCGCCUGUUGCCCCAUCAUCUUUGGCCACAUCAAAGGAAAGGAGAGUUCCUUCAUGGUCUCCACGGAAGAUGGGAACGAGAACUCCCGGGCCAAUCUGGAAGAAGUGCAGCAGGUGGUGAGAAUUGCAAAGCAGCUGACGCUGGAUGGAACCACCAAGCCGGCACAGAUUGCCAUCCUGACGGCUUAUAAUGCCCAGGUAGUUGAAAUUAGGAAGCAGCUCUCUCAGGUUGGCGUGCAAGACAUCACCGUUUGCACCAUCAUGAAAAGCCAAGGCAGUGAAUGGAAAUACGUCAUAGUGUCUACUGUCCGCUCAUGUAGCCAGCAGGAGAUUGAUGAGUGGCCCACAAAGACCUGGCAGAAGAAACAUCUGGGCUUCGUGGCAGACCUACAUCAGAUCAAUGUCUGUCUCACUCGGGCGCAGGAGGGUCUCUGUAUUAUAGGAAACAGUUACCUUCUGGAGACAAACUCUUUGUGGCGCAGACUUUUGCAACAUUACAAGGAGCGUGGAUGCUACACCAGGGCCAGCGCCAUUAAGGUUAAGCAGAAGUCCAGUAUAUGCCUGUAAGAAGGAACCACAGCAAACAGAUUCUUUCUUUUUAAUCUCCUGGUGAUGGAUCUCAAGGCCGAUUCCAGGAGACAGGAUUCGCCAACGCUGAGCCAGAACCAGGAGCCUCGUGGCGAAUCGGACACCGCCAGAAGACAUGAGCUUUUCAGGACUUGAGCUUUGAGAACAGACUCUGCCUUCUUCUGGAACCCAAAAAGCCAUAUUUUUAAUACGGGAGCCUAACGUUUUAGGCAUGGAAAAUAUUUUGGAAAAGGGAUUUUGCGUUUGUUGGGGAAUCAAACGGAUGCUGCAGGAAAACGAAAUGGCUGGUCCACAUUUGAGGAGUGUUUGCUAAGCUGGUCGGAGGAAGACUGCCACCGGCAUAGCAGGGGUCCUGCUGCACUUUUCAAAACCAGAAGAUCUUUUGGAGGAAGACAGAACCCCAGUCUUCCUUCCCCUACCAUGCCAAUAAACACACCCUCGUCCAGAUGAUAAGCUGACUUAUGCAACUGACUCCCUUCGACCUCUGUCCCAGAACCCUUUUGUACAAAUAUUAUUAUUAUUUUUUUAGCCUUGUUAAAUUUUACUUGAAAUGAUUUUUUGCUAGUUUUUUUUUAAAAUCUUUUUUUUUUAAACAGAACCACAGAACUGGGGGUGCCUUCCAAGUUUGUGCUCCUUGAUCUAGCCACCCUUUGGAACGUGCUGUGAAAAGUUUAAGGAAAAGAAGGCUGAGCCCGCGGAGAACGGCAAAGGGGGUCCUUAGGGAAAGGUAAUGGCGUUGUGUGCUGGGUUUUUCUCUGUGGAGGACCAGCCCUGCCAUUUAGCCAAAGCGAGACCAUCACCUCUGCUGGCGGACGAUUGAAGGGUCAGCAGAGCUAAGGGUGGUGGGGUCUGUUUUAUGCUGGGAUUCCAGCUACGUCAGCCUUGGUGCCUGAAAUGGAAAGGUCAGCUACAAGCUAUCUUAGGCUAACCCAGUUCUGUGAGCGUUGGUGGCAAUUAACCCCGCCUAGAAAGCUGCUAGAAGCUUCUCUAUCAUAGUGCCUCCUGAAGCUCAGUGAACGGUGGAUAUGUUCACACAAGCUGCUUAGCUGAGUCGGUUGCAAAGUGAGGAUUUGCACAACAGGGCAAGCUUUCUUUUUUUAGCUUUAACCUUAAUGCUGCAGUGGAAGCGUGGUUUAUUGCAAGGGUCGAUGGUUUGGGGCCCUCCAAACGUUUGGACCUCAACGGCACCCAACCCAUGUUGGCUAGGGGCUGUGAGUUCUAGAGAAGUCACGAGGACAUCAUGUGCAUCACGUCAUUGUCGUGUAAAUGGCACACCGGCUGCCCUUCUUUCUACCCACACGCAUGGCUGUAGCCCAAAACAUCUGGAGGAUGCCAUGAUUCUUCUCUCUGGCCAAUAUGCAUUGCACUUUUUUACCCGGAUUGAAUGUAUUGUAACAGAGUGGGUGGAAAAGAGAGAGCUCCCACCCCACCCCGUCUCCUGUCUCAGAAUCUUUCAAAUGCCUGUUUGAAACUAGACGCAACCUUAGAUUUAGCUGCUAAUGACAAAGCAGGUCCGCCGAAUCUGGUUAUUCCAGCCUACGGUGAUCCCAGAUGAAUGCAUUGCCCUUGGGGUUUGGUUGUACCCAGCACUAGCUCUAAUAUAGAUAUAAUAAUACGAUAUAUAAUAACAGCUGGGCUUCUUCCAUGAUACUAACAAUGUGUGAAUGUGUGCAUGACGAUUCCUGUAUUAUCCUUCUGCGGUUCUGCAACUGAUGCCGUCCCUUUUUCCCGGUCUUGCAAAUUGGUGCAUCUGAUUUAUUGCAAUACGUGGAAUUACGGGGAGGGGAAACACCUUAGGCUUCUGCAUAGAGCCUGUCUAAUUUUGGACAAGGUUGUAGGCGAGAAACUUAGGAGAGUAGCUUUCCCCACCCCUCCUUUUGGCCUUAACGUCAGGGAUCUUGAUAGCAACGAGGGGAGAAUGAGACAGGCCUCUUUCUCCCUUCUUCUACCUCAGUGCUAUGAAAUGUGAAUGCUUGAAAGUUUGUGCCCGCUCCCUGUGCUGAUCCAUUGAAUUUGGAAUACCAAAUUAAUGAACCCAUGCUCAUCGUAGUCCCUUCCUAAAGAAAGCACAGGCUAGCCCAAAGACAUAACAAUAUUCCAUGCUGGCACCCUCUUCCGGUACGUGACAUUUCCAAAUUAUUAAGCCAGACUUCAGAGUAAACAUUCCUAUCUUCUUUUUGCUAAACGUCUUGUGUGGGCCUACUGUCUGAGCGUUAGUCAUCUAAAAAGAAAGAAGGAAGGGGAGAAAGGGGAAAAGAAUCACUUCUAAACAGAUCCUGUAAUCCCCAUGACUGUUCCCCUGUAGAUGGCCCUCGCUCAUCCCAGGUGAUUAAGUGAUUUUCUUCAUUUUUAAUUCUUUGCACCUUCUCCAUUCUUUCGGUUUUUGUACCCUGGGUACCAACAUCACCUCUACUCCAUCUUUCUGCUUCUGGUUCCCUUCCUAUCUUCUGCAGGGUCACUCAGACUUGGUGGUGGCCUGUUUAUUUGCAUUUUUCUCUGACCAAAGUGAUGACACUGGUUGGUGGCUUUAUCCUGCUGGCGCUGGAUAAUUUCUGUCACAGACGCAGUGAAGUAGAGUUGCCCUUGGAAUGGGCGUGCUUGAACCCUUCCAUGUAAAUCACUGGGAGCCUCUGCCAGGACUUGGUCCUUGAAAAGCAUCUUGGGCACCGCCCAAAUAUCUGCCCUGCCUCUCUGCUGGCCACCGCUGGUGGGCUAUUCCCAUGACUCUCUGUGCUGGUGGCGUUUGGCCUGCUGUCUCCUUGGACCAGGGUCUGGGAGACUGGCAGAGUUAAAAGAGGCAUCUCUCUUCCAGAUGGCAGAAUCUUAGAGCAGAACUGUCUUUGAACUGGACCCCUGGCAUGGGCCACUCCUCCCUCUUUUUGCCAUUAGGUGCAAUACACAUGAAAAAUGGGCAGAGCUUCAGCUGCACUGUGGCGAGCAUCCUCUUGACUUUUUUGACCACUCUGGACUGAGUGCUUCCCUGUUCUCUUCCAGGACCAGAAUUUUCAGCCUCUCAAGCAGUGGGGUUUCUGUCUGCGUUGCCGUCCCCCCAGUUCUAGCCCUUGCCACCAUCUGCACCUUUCAGGGUUCUGCAUCUCACUGGCUGGCAUUUGUGCCCUCAGCCGACAGCUGUUGGACCUCAGCAGCCUUUUCCCCUGGGGCUGUCGCUCAGAGUCCUCCUCUGCAGGGUUGAUGUUCUGUGGCACAGCCCUCCUUCCUGAACGCUCCCUUGCCUGUCAUCACACAAAUGCCCUGAUUAUGCGCUUGCAUCAGGAAGUCAUCACAAACAUGUCUUCGUUCCCUCCCCCACGCUGUCCCUAAGGAUCCUUCAUGAGUUAGUGAUAAAGAAAAAAAAAUGGACAUAGAUCUGGUUUUAGAGGCCCUCCUUUCUCUCCUCCAGGCGAGUAAGAAAGUUUUUGACUUUAAAGCAAGGAACGUGUGGUUCAAGAAAAAGACAGACAAAAAUAAGCCCUCUCAGCAAACUGUUCUGGCUUGUGCUUAAUGUCCAGAUACCCAGUUCCCACUGCAAACGUCCUGCUCCUCUUGGGCUGUAUAGUUUGAUUGGCCCAGAUACCUCCAGAGCAAAGAUGGCAGAUCAGAGCAAUUGAAUCUGAAUUGGGCGUGAUCGACCAAUUAGAUUUUGCCUUUCAAACCAUUCAGGGUUCCAUCCCUUGGAAUGGGGUUAUUCCUAUUCACUACAACCCAGUAUAGGUUGUCCUUAUUUAACGACUGCCUUGUACAGCGACCGUUCACAGUUAUGACAUUGAUGAAAAAGUCACUUUGCGACCCAUCUUCGUAUUUAUGACUUUUGCGGGUCUGUAAAGCAAAGGAAAGCUGACGUAACAUCAGCGCAGUCACGGUUUCACUUAGCGACCGCUUUGCUUAACGACUGAGUUGCUGGUCCUCAUUGUGGUCGCUAAACGAGAACUCCCUGUAGCAUUAAUAUAAUGCCAGAGUGCCUGGCAAAGUUUACUGUUCCAAGGUUUUACAACCUGGCAAAUUUGAGAUAUCUCUAGUUGGCAGCCACUGGGCUUUACUGUUGCACAUGUGCCACUGAAUUUAAUGGGGAGUGUGCAAGGCAGACACUCAUGGAAUUGUACAGCUCCUACACAUUGAAAAGGGUGUUGUAAAUUCCACUGUAAAUGACCAAAGUUAGGGUAUAUAAAUUGGAUGUUGAAAAGUCCAGGGAUCAGGAUUUCUACUGAUAGCUUGGCUAUCAUGACCAUAUUUCUUUGAAGAAAACAUUCAGCACGUAGUACUUGGAGUACCAAGUAUACCUGUUAUCAGGGGUAUUUGUGUGGGGGGGUGUGGGUCAAAAAAGUCAAGAUGGUGCCUCCAACCCUGCAAAGCCCGGCCCCUUUUUUACAUGACUUGGAACUGACAUCUUGACUUUUUUGAUUCUCCCCUUGCUGAUUUUUGUUAUUUUGCUGAUACUUCUCCUUAAAACAAGAAAUAUACAAUAGAGAUACUUUUUAAACUAUUUUAGGAUGAUUGUGAGGAUUUUAAAUCCCUGGGAAUCUCUGGUUAAGUGCCAUUGAAAAGAACUGGAUCUCCCUUUUGCUGUGAUCUGUUGGUAGUUUCCUGCUGGAUUUGUCCUAAAACACUGUUUGAAAUGAACUGAAACAUUUCCAGGCUGUGUGCGUCUUUUUGUAUAUUUAAAGAAAGAUAAAAAGCUAUCUUUAGUUAGUGAGUUCUAUGGUAUUUGUUUACUGGAGUCUAUUUUUAUGAUGUAUUGUAAUUUUUUUAAAUCAUUGGAUUUGCAUGUAAAUUGCCUUCUCUGGAAAUUUUUGGAGAGAUUUGAUAUCUCUAAAUUAUGGCUUUGUAGUCCUCUGAAUUAUUUUUUUAAUUAUAAGGGUCUAAAAAUAUGUGAUGUUUAUACAAACAUGAACAUUCCUCUUUAAUCAAGUAUCGUGAAGCUGAUUGUACUGUACCAAAUAAAACUUUAUG